AUGGGCUCUAUAGCACUCGCCGAGGUUUGGGAUAAGACUCAAACAGCACCCACACAAAAUCUCGGGACUCUUCUCUCCCAAUCAGCCAGUCAACAUGCGAAUCGCACCGCACUGGUGUCUUUACACCAACAUUCUAGCGACAAGGAGGGAGGCACAUCACCAAUAAGCUGGACAUAUGCUCAACUCCACGAGGCAAGUCUCGGUCUAGCCCAUCAAUUGUCUGCAAACGGAGUAGCAUCUGGAAGUCGCAUUGGGACUAUUCUUUUCAACCAAAUAGAGUGGGCUCUUAUGUUUUGGGCUACGGCGCAUCUUGGAUGUCAAUUCAUUGGAAUUGAUUAUCGUGCAGUGAGCCACAAAGAUCACGCGCGAGAUCUCCUGGAGAGUGUUCUAUGCGAUGUGAUCGUAGCAUCGAGCAACAAAUUAGCUCUUGCAGUUGAUGAAGCUCUUGGCCAAAAAGCUCCUAUCAAAAACCGCUACGUCGUGGAGAGCUCCCAGACACCUGGAUGGAAAACCUUGGCAGAACUUUCUGAGAAUGCCACUGAAAAUGUGACCAAACCGAUGGUGUCUCCGAAUAAUCCUGAAGAAACAGCGGUUAUUUUCUUCACCAGUGGUACCACCGGCACGUCCAAAGCCUGUCCACACAGCGCAGUCACGCUUUAUUCGGUUGCUCGUGGUCUCAGCAAAGCUCAUGCUAUCACUCGUGACCACACUAUAUGUCAACAUCUACCUGGCUUCCAUAUUUUUAGUGUUGUCUAUAGCUUGACUGCUUGGCUACAGGGCGCCAGUCUCGUCUUCCCCAACCCUACUUUUGACGCGGAUUGCUCCAUUCGCGCCAUACAACAGAGCCGCAAUGUCGUUCUCCCUUGCGUGCCACUUAUGAUCCAGGCAAUUGCCAGAUCGCCCAUCCGACCGCCAAGGUUUGAGACUCUAGAAACGGUUACCAUAGGUGGAUCAACCGUCUUCCCGGAAUUGCUAGAGCUUUGCGCGUCUUUGGGGCCUAAGAGACUAGCAGCGGGAUAUGGUAUGAGCGAGAGUCUGGUGGUUACGACCCACAACCAGAAGACAGAAGACGCAUUGACAGGAGGGGAAGAUGUCUGCCUGGGAACUGCGGUAUCAGGAGCGUGUAUCCGUAUUUGCCAACCGGGUAGCCGUACGCUGCUCUCCCGAGGAGAGAUUGGCGAGGUGCACCUUGGAGGCCUGCCUGUUUUCGGGGGCUAUUUGGGACUGGAGCAUGAAUCAUGCUAUCGCAAGGAUGGGGCCAACUUUGUUGUGUCCGGGGAUCAGGGUUAUCUGGAUGAGCAGGGUCGAUUGUAUGUGCUGGGAAGAUACAAAGACCUCAUCAUCCGCGGAGGUGAGAACAUCUCGCCUUCCAGGAUUGAGCGGGUACUGUCACACGAAACAGGGAUCACAGCGCAAGUUGUAGGUGUGCCUGAUACUGUGGCUGGUGAGGCCAUAGUCGCGAUUAUCCGACGUGAUUCAGGCAUCGAGCUUCCCCAUGAUGAGCUGCGAAACAUUGUAUCCAAAAGCCUAGGACCUCAACUUUCCCCGUCCAUGAUAUUCGACUUGACGGGGGAUCUAGGCCACAAGAAUUUCCCCAUGACACCAUCAGGAAAACCCCAGAAAGCUACCCUCCGCCAAUGGACCCUGGAGCAUAUCAAGAAGACCAAUUCCUGUCAGUCCAAUCACGCGGAGAGUUCUAUUGAAUCUCAAUUGACUGAGAUUUGGUCUUCUCUCACUGGUCGCUCGGCGGCGAGCAUUUCGCCUGAUAUGUCGAUUCAUACGUUCACUGAUAGCAUGACGCUAAUCCAGUUCUGCUCGGCUGUUUUCGAGCGAUACCAGAAGAGUCUCACGGUCAAGGAUCUAGGCGAGUUCAAGACCGUGCGAUCACAAGCAAUGUUGUUGGAAGGGCGCCAGAAAAUGGAAACAGGAUCUGAUAAAACCCAAGAUAUGAACUCUGCGGCUCCACCACCAUGGCGGGAACUACCCGAAAACCGUCAGCAGGUUCUGAGAAUCAAACAAGCGGCAAUGGGGCGCUUGAAUUCCAUGGGGUUCGAUUGGGGCGAUGUAGAAGACGUUUAUCCAAAGAACGACAUCAUUGGCCCUAUGGCUCGAGGUGCUCGUCCUAACUCAUGGAACCACCGACACUCCGUGAUAGUUAGGAAUUGCGACCAAGCCCGUAUUACGGCGGCUUUGCACACUUGGGCUACCAAACACCCCUUGAUGCGGUCGAUCACGGUAUCGGACGAACAGAAUGACUUCUAUAUCAUAAUGCCAGCACGCCAAUCUUGGCUGUGCCAUCAGAUCUGUCACGGCGAGAGUAUUGAUAACGCCGAGGAUACGCUGACAUAUCGGUUCAAUGAGCCAGAGUGGGAUCAUGUGGCUCCGCCAGGCCCAUUCUUCAAAGUCACCAUCCUCCCCAUCAAUAACACCCCAGACAUCGGACUGAUCUUCCAUUGGCAUCAUGUCAUUUUCGAUGGGGUGAUUAUCAGACAAUGGUACCGCGAGCUGGGUCAGAUUGUCAAGUCACGACAACUCUCCACUGGGUUCCAUCCAUUCCAGCGGUAUUCGGUCGCACUGAAUCGCCGGAUGCGAAACGUCGCCGCGCAGCAUGCCAUCGACCAUCAUGUACAGGCUCUUCGAGGUAUUAGUGAAGCCCGUGACUACCUUUGGCCUCCUCAGCGGGUUCCUCUCUGGCUCAAGGGCGAUGACUCGGGGUGGAAGUAUCCCGACGGUCGCCUGGGAGAGCCUGGGCUUCGUACCCCACUAGAUGGAAAAUACGCGAUUGGUACAAUGGGCCUUGAAUAUGCAAUUUCUGUGCCCCAAAUUCUCGGACUGAGAGAGCGCUUCGAGAUUCCUCCUCCCAUCGUCGCCAAGGGCGCCUGCGUAUUGUUGAAUAUGCAUCUCACCGGUGGCGAGGAAGCGAUCCUCGUGACAAAUGAAUCCGGUCGCUCUUGGCCAUUUGUUGACUCAGCUGCAGGAGACGAAGGUAAGAGUGACCAGAGCGAGGACAAUGGAGAGGGUGUGAAUCCGUUAUCCAUCGACGGCCCGACAGUCACUCUCGCAGUGAGUCGUACUCGACUUCUGGGCGACGAAACAGUCGUUCAAUUCCUUGCCCGCCUCCUUCAAGAGCAACAUGUCAUCGAACAGCACUCACAUGCGCCUAUAGCCAAGAUCAUUGAUCGGCUGGAAUCAUCACCUGGUGGUGCUUCACCGACAAGCAGGGCAGAUGCCGACGUCGUCCGUAGCAUUUUGAAUCGUCAGGUCUUUGACUGGUUGCCGGAUAUAUCAUCAACCCAGUCGACUGCUGCUGAAGCUGGACAAGAGACAAGCGCCGGUGAUCCAGCCUCUGUUGAAAUGCUUGAAGUCCUCAGUCGCACGGAUCUCGGAUUCGUUUGGUAUCCUUCACUCAAGGAGGCUGACACAACUUUGAAGCUCAACACCACUUGGGAUGACGCGCAAAUGCACGCGACCGAAGUUUCCCAUGCAAUGAAGGGAUUUUUGUCUGCUGUGGCAUGGCUGUCGAAAUCGGAGAACUGGGAACGACCCGCGAGGGAAUGCAGGUUUGAGACCGAAGAUGAGAUUACCGAUGUGGGACCGGAGAAGUGUUACCGGAGAUAA